UUUCACGCUUCUAAGUUCUUAUAAUUUGCCCUAAAUAUUUCUUAUAGCGAUGGCAACGUAUGGACGAAGAUUGACAGGUAAAACUGGUAUCUAUCUGCCGCCUGGAUGGGGAAAUAUGGGUUUGUGCUCGUGGCAAGAAGAGAAGAGAUAAUUUUAACGGCAAACACAGCAAACCAGAACAGAAGUCAUGGGCGCGACAAGGUGGAAUGUAGGAGGAAGAGCUGAAUCCUCCCAGUAAAUUGAUAUGUGAGAGCUCCAUGCCAAGAUUAAUAAAGCUUCAUAAUAUUAUGAAAUCCAUAAAUCAUGGAUUCUUCGCAUCUCAACCCAUGUGGAUCAAAUACCACAUUUUUGCUUGUAGCUAUCUGAUUGAAACUCCAAAAGCAAAUUGUCAUGCCCCUGAUCUCAAUCAAGGAAUUCCAUCCGUACAAGAAGACAUUUUUUCAUGUGACCCAAAUUCAAUCUCUUUCUUUGAUGCCUGCCAUGUGUUUGAAAAAACGUCUAACUUAAACGUUGUGUCUGCCACUUCAAUUAUUGGCUGUUUUGCUAAGCAGCAUCGCCAUGAAGAAGCUGUCCAACUUUUCUCAAGAAUGUUUGCUUCAAAUAUCAGACCAAAUGAGUUCACAUUUGGAACGAUACUUCACUCAUCCACCGCUCUUGGAAACCUUCCUGUGGGCAAACAACUCCAUGCCUUAGCAACGAAGACAAGCCUUCACUCUAAUCUAUUCGUUGGCAGUGCUCUUUUAGAUUUCUAUGUCAAGUUGAGUACAAUAGAAGAUGCCCAAAAAACUUUCAUAGAUACAAAACAUCCCAACGUUGUGUCCUAUACAACUCUGAUAUGUGGAUACUUGAAGAGAGGGAGGUAUAUAGAUGCUUUGCAGCUUUUCCAUGAGAUGCCUGAGAGGAAUAUAGUUUCAUGGAAUGCCAUGGUUUGUGGGUGUAGCCAAAUAGGCCAUAACGAAGAAGCUGUCAUUUUUUUCAUCAGCAUGCUCAGAGAAGGAUUCUUACCUAAUCAAUCCACAUUUCCUUGUGCUAUUUGUGCAGCUGCCAAUAUAGCAGCACUUUGGAUUGGCAGAAGCUUUCAUGCAUGUGCCAUAAAGAUUUUGGGUAAGCUUGAUGUGUUUGUUAGCACUUCUCUCAUUAGCUUUUACGCAAAAUGUGGAAGCAUGGAAGAUAGCAUCCUGAUGUUUAAUAAACUCUCUAAAAGGACCAUAGCUUCUUGGAAUGCUGUCAUAUGUGGUUAUGCACAGAAUGGAGGAGGAAAUGAAGCUAUAACGUUCUACAAAAGGAUGCUUUCUGCAGGCUGUAAACCCAAUGAUGUUACCCUUCUUGGUUUACUAUGGGCUUGUAAUCAUACUGGUCUUGUAGAUGUGGGAUAUUCAUACUUUAACCAAGCCAGGAUUGAGAGCCCCAGCUUGCUAAAACCUGAGCACUAUGCUUGUAUGGUUGAUUUGCUCUCUAGAUCGGGGCGAUUUACAGAAGCCAAGAGCUUCCUUCACAAUAUGCCUUUUGAUCCUGGGAUAGGAUUUUGGAAGGCAUUGCUUGGAGGAUGCCAAAUCCACUCAAACAUGGAGCUGGGGGAGAUUGCAGCGAGAAAGAUCUUGGCUCUGGAUCCAGAUGAUGUAUCCUCAUAUGUGAUGCUGUCAAAUGCACAUUCUGCUGCUGGUAGGUGGUCUGAAGUGUCAUCACUAAGAGAAGAGAUGAAGAAGAAAGGGAUGAACAGGAUUCCAGGUUGCAGUUGGAUUGAAGUCAGGAACAAGGUUCACAUCUUUCUUAAUGCUGACAAGAAUCAUUGUGAAAAUGACAGAAUUUAUGGUGUCCUAAGGUUUCUUAUCGAGCAUUCAAGGGAGAAUGAGACUUCCAAUUUGUCGUCAGAUUUGUGUUGUUGAAGGGGUUUUCUAAAGAAUGGAAUUGUGCAGAUCAUGCGGAUUUCAACAGGUUCAUAUUCUUCUCCCACUCCAUUGAAGCCACUGAGGGACGGCUUUGGGGAAUCCUUUCCAUGAAGAACUUCUAGAUGUUCAAAAAUAGCUUGAGACCUUUUUUUUUUUUUUUUUUUUUUUUAAUUUGGCAAGCGCAUUGCUUUGCUGGUACAGGUCAAACUCAUGACAAGUGCUAUAAAAAGACAACCUACACGACCACUGUACUACUAAAGUACUAGCAUCUAAGAUUCCUUUUAUAAUCUAUUGCUCCCCACCAUUUGUGUGUAGGGAUUUU